UGAUGACCUAUAUCUUAUUCGGGAAGAGAACGCUACAUUUGACAGCGGAACUCUUUUCAACACCAAAAUAUGCCCGAACAUUUAAUUACUCAGGAAAUCCUUUCUUGUUUUUCGCUCUUCAAAAAUACAUUUCAAAGAGAUUCAAAGGCAUGCCAGAGAAAUGUCUAUAACCACAAAGCACAGAUUCAACCUUCGCAUCUUAUGGCUAUUUAUUGCAGUUUUCAUUUGGAUAUCCAUAUGGCGGGGUUUAUCACUUCCCCUCCCACUUGGAGGUAGGAUUUCAGCCGCCGACACCAUAAGCCCCGACGAUUGGCUGGUACGGCUAGCCAGUUCCAUGGAAAGUUCGGAGACCGCAAUACCAAAUAUCGUUCACUAUGUUUGGAUACUUAAACCCGACAGUAAUCUCAGUUUUCAAUUCAAACACUUCGUCAGCGUCUACUCAGCUGGCCUAUAUCUGAAAGCAGACACGGUCUUUAUUCACACGAACGCAGAUCCUGGCGUCGUAUCACGAGCAAAAGAUAGUGGAAGUUACUGGACGAAGAAGAUGCUUCAGCUACCGUUUUUGACAGUACGACAGAUGGAGUUCCCGACUCAUACCAACAGAGGUGUAAAGUUAGAUGCACUAGAGCAUAUCUCCGACUUCGCCCGUCCCAGUAUUCUAAAAGAGUACGGAGGUGUCUAUCUUGACUUUGAUGCGAUACCAAUCCGAGAUUUCAAGGCCCUGAGAGAGAGUGGCUUCAACAACGUCUUCGGACACGAACUCAACGAGAAAGUGAAUAACGGAGUCAUGCUGUCCAAGAAAGGAAGCCAGUUGAUGGAUAUAUUCGACCAAGAGCAGCAUGCCGUUUUUGACGGCGAUUGGAUCACGCACAGUGUAAAUCUGCUCACUUCCUUAGCGCAGGCGCUAGCCCGGGUAGAAGGAGAGGUUCUGAUCCUGGAGCGUAAGGCUUUCAAUCCAGAUGGGUGGCACCCCGAUUACCACUCAGCGCUCUUCCGUAACCAUUUCAGAGCUUCUCAGGAGGUUUUAAAUCAUGGGAUCCAGACACAAGCACCCAUUGGUCAGACAGAUGAUAAGUUGUCUGCUAUAGAGGCUUGGAAUCAGACACAGCAUCAAGCACGGGAGGACUGGGAGAUAGAUUACUCCAUGGCAUAUCUCAUCCAUGCCUCGAGUCCUCAUAUUGAACCACCAACACCUGACUGUGAAGAUAUAAAGUGGAGGUAUGUGAUGGACAGGAGAAGCAACUAUGCUAAGCAAGUGUAUCCAGCAAUGUUGCAUGCAGUCGAAGCGGGUAUAGUUUCGGCUGAUGUGAGAGAUCAUGUUACUUGAGGAUUUCGAGCUUAGAAAUCUAAUGCUAUUCCAUUAAAUGGUUCAUAGUUCGGUUUGCUCUCUUAUUAUUGAAGGUUUAGUGAUAGGUCUAAAAUUAAUCUAAUUUAAAGC